UCGAUACUGUCAAUUGUCAAUCAAUUCCCGCCCACAUAACCGUUUGAACUCUCUCUCUCUCUCAUCGUCUCUCUGCAAUUGCGUAAAUCGUGGAAAAUGGGUUCAGAAACAGGUAGAAAUUGCGUCGAUCUGUGGUCGGAAAUUGUUCGUUCCGAACAACAACAACAAAACGAUCAAGUUAUUUACAGAAGAAGAAAAUCCGCCAAAAUCCCUCAAGACGCAGUUCCUUCAAACCAAUUGAGUUCUGGAGGCGAGGGAAAUCUGCCUCAUCGGGUGAGCUUGGUUGCUCCUGGUCCCAACGAGCGAAUCAGUUGGAAUCGUUCGCUUUCCACCAGAGGAAGGACAAGUAUGGCCGUUGGCGCUUGCGUUGAUUAUCACCAACCUCAAGUUAAGCAGGCUAAAAGAAGGGGAAGACCUCCUGUACCCAAAGGAAAAGUUGUUAAACCUCUAAGCUUUGAUAAGGAGCGAGCGUACUUUGAAGAGGUUGAUGCCUUUGAACUAGAAGAAGAGAGCCCCUCACCCAAGAACUAUGGCACAUGGGUCAGGGCCAACCAAAAUGAUAGUGUUGCAAUUCCCCAUUUGUCCUCAAGAUUGCAGAAGUGGUUGAAAUGCAAGAGGCUAAAUCACUCUUGUGGACCCACAAGCACAUUGUCCAAGAUUCUAGGAACCCCGAGCAUGACAUUGACACCUAUAGGUGGUGAUGACUUUGAUCCUUUUUGUCUCAAAAGUACUCCUAAAAAGUCAUCUAUUAAAGUCGGUCUUCCUUUGCAUUAUGUCGAGAGUACAUCAAAUGAGAUGGAGGAUGUGGCUAAUGAGAGUUGCGAAGACAUAGAAUUUGCAGUUAAGAAAUUCUCUUUGGCGUCAACAUCUCCGUUGCAUAGUUAUCAGUCCAACCAAUUUGCUACAUUGUUAGCCGUUUGUGGACAGUCCGUUCCCACAACAUUCCAAGACGUGUUUUCUAAGUAUUGUGACCUGCAGAAUAUAACUAAAAUUGGCGAAGGGACUUUCGGAGAAGCUUUCAUGGCUGGAAAUUAUGUCUGCAAAAUAGUUCCUAUAGAUGGGGACUUCCGAGUGAAUGGAGAAGUCCAAAAGAGAUCGGGAGAAUUGCUUGAGGAGGUUGUUCUUUCCCGAACUCUCAAUUGUUUAAGAGGGCGCGAGGGAGAUGGUCAUAAUGCGUGCACCACUUUUAUUGAAACAGUAGACUUGCAGGUAUGUCAAGGUUCCUAUGAUCCUGCCUUGAUAAGAGCUUGGCAAGAUUGGGAUGAAAAACAUAGAUCCGAAAAUGACCAUCCAAAGGAGUUUCCAGACACACAGUGCUAUGUUGUAUUUGUCCUAGAACAUGGCGGUAGGGAUCUCGAAAGCUUUGUACUUCUAAACUUCGAUGAGGCGCGGACUUUAUUGGUCCAGGUUACAGCUGCCCUUGCAGUGGCUGAAGCUGCGUACGAAUUUGAACAUCGUGAUCUCCACUGGGGAAACGUUCUCCUUAGCCGGAAUGAUUCUGUUACGUUGGAGUUCAAUCUUGAGGGGAAGAAAAUGUUUGUCAAGACAUUUGGAUUAGUGGUGUCAAUAAUUGACUUCACUCUUUCAAGAAUAAAUACUGGCGAAGACAUACUCUUUUUGGACUUAUCCUCAGAUCCUGAUCUCUUCAAAGGGCCAGCAAGAGAUAAACAGUCAGAAACUUACCGGAAGAUGAAAGAGGUAACAGAAGAUUGCUGGGAGGAAAGCUUCCCUAGAACAAAUGUGUUGUGGUUGCUGUAUUUGGUGGAUAUAUUACUCCACAAGAAAGCAUUUGAACACACUUCAAAGAACGUGAGGGAUUUGCGCUCAUUGAAGAAGCGCCUAGACGAGUAUCAGUCUGCCAGAGAAGCAAUUCUUGAUCCCUUCUUCAGUGACUUGUUGGCGUACCAAGUUGUAAGUUGUGAAGUAUGAGUUAUCAUCUGGGGAGUUCAUGUAAACAUACUAAAGAAAAAAGAUGGCCUCUACUUUGUGUGUGUACAUAUCAAGAACAUGACACAGUUCUUUUCCCCUUUUAAUUUUUGGGGCCUAAGUUAGCAUUUUCAAUGAAAUCAGUGAUAUCGCACAACAUGGCUUAAACAACGCAGUUUGAAUCAGUGAUAUUGCUAAUUAUGUUAAAUAAUUUGCCUUUUUUUAAA